ACAGUCCCUCCAGUCCUGUCGUGGUGCGGUGGUUUGUGGUGAAAAUUUGCAUAAUAAUCUUUCGCAGAAAGCAAGCAAGAAAGAAAAAGGGCCAUGGAGGCCCUGCACUUGCACCGCGUGCUUCUCAUGCCUGUUUCCCAAAAAACCUCAAUCUUUUUGCGCGCCAGUGGCACCCCAUUAUCCACACUUGCAAGGCCACCAUUGCGUUGGAGCUCUCAAACUUGCAGUGCCAGAGCAGGGUGGUUUUUGGGUCUUGGAGCAGACAGCAAGAAGACCAAUUUACCUGAUACCGUCAAAGCCGGUGACCCCGUUCUGCACGAGCCAGCCCAGGAUGUUGAUCCUAACGAAAUAAAGUCGGAGAGAGUGCAGAAGAUCAUUGAUGACAUGAUCCAGGUCAUGAGAAAGGCUCCUGGUGUUGGUCUUGCUGCUCCCCAGAUUGGAAUUCCUUUGAGGAUAAUUGUUUUGGAAGAUACAAAAGAGUACAUUAGUUAUGUCUCAAAGGAAGAGGCUAAAACUCAAGAUAGAAGACUUUUUGAUCUUUUGGUGAUCCUGAAUCCCAAGCUAGAGAAGAAGGGCAAGAGGACUGCUCUGUUUUUUGAAGGGUGCUUGAGUGUUGACGGGUUCAGAGCAGUGGUGGAGCGACACCUUGACGUUGAAGUUACAGGUUUGGAUCGUUAUGGUGCACCAAUCAAAAUAAUUGCUUCUGGCUGGCAGGCUCGGAUUUUACAACACGAGUGUGAUCACUUGGAUGGAACUCUGUAUGUUGAUAAGAUGCUACCUAGAACUUUCAGAACUGUGGACAACAUGGACCUGCCUCUUGCCCAGGGGUGCCCCAAACUUGGUCCUCGCUAAAAUUACACUCCAGCUGUUUCUGAUAAGGCAUUCAAUGCAGUUUCAAUGUUGUAGCUUAUACUCGGAAAAAAAAUCAGAGUUGUGGACUAUGGAGUCUGGAUAUUGACAGUGCCUAGCUUUUCUGCCCAUUGACAAAAAAUUGGGUUUGCUGUCUUCUUGUUGUUUGGAGCAUUGAGGUGGCUACUUAGGCAUUAGAAAUUCAUGUAACUUUUGUCAGCUCUAAUGCAAACUUAUACCAAUUGUGUGCAGAUCUUGGUUAUUUCAUCCUUCAAUGAUGAGGGAGAAUUGUCGUUCUAAUAAAUCAGAAUUAUAUGAAAGUUCAUGUUCUAAAUACUACCAAUACCCAUUCUAAAUCAGCUGUUUGUACCUAUUUUUAUGGUGA